CCCUCCCCUCCUCUCCACACAGACACACGCACACCUCCUCCUCUUCCUCUCUUCCGCCGCUGCUCCGCUCGCUGCUCCCUGCACAGCCGCAGUCCACGGCGAUGCGCCGUUAACGGCAGAGCCGCUCCGCGCUCUUUUCUUCUUCUUCCAUCAUCCCCGCUUUCACAGCAGAGAAGGACCAGCAUCCCCCACCUCCUCCUCGGGCUGCGUCUCUGUCUGCCGGCGCUGCACCAUCCCUUAUCAAUACCAUGGAAAUACAAGGCUGUCGUUCUUCCAUCUAGACGGGAAGUCUCACCUCACAGAGUCAAGCAUCCUUCUGCUGACGUGGAGCAGCCGCCGAUGCAAGGUGCAGAGAGGACGGGGGCCACAAUGAGUGAAGAGCCUCCAGUCACCCCCAGUUGGUUGACCCCUGACCCCACAGCAUGGGCCAGCGGAGGCGGGGGACCGAUGGACAACAGCACCAGCCUUGGGACGUUUCCGGACGCUCUCCCGCCCAGCCAGCUGCCCCUACUGGUCAACCCCUGGGACAUUGUGCUGUGCUCAUCUGGGACUCUGAUAGCCUGUGAGAACGCCCUGGUGGUGCUGGUGAUCUGGCAGAACCCGGCGCUCAGAGCUCCCAUGUUCCUGUUGAUUGGAAGCCUGGCGCUGGCCGACCUCCUGGCCGGCCUGGGCCUGGUGCUUCACUUCACCUGUGCCUACUUGCUCCACUCAGACUCGGCCCAGUUGCUGACCGUGGGUCUGGUGGUGGCCUCCUUCUCCGCCUCCGUCUUCAGCCUGCUGGCCAUCACCAUUGACCGCUACCUGUCGCUGUACUAUGCCCUGACCUACAACUCAGAGCGGACAGCGGCCUUCACCUACACCAUGCUCGUGCUGCUGUGGGGCCUCUCGCUGUGUCUGGGCCUGCUGCCGGUCACAGGGGUCAACUGCCUGGCGGAGGAGGCGACAUGCAGCGUGGUGCGGCCGCUCACAAAGAACAACAUUGCUGUGCUGUCCGUCUCCUUCCUGCUGCUCUUCGGCCUCAUGCUGCAACUCUACGUUCAGAUCUGCAAGAUCGUGAUGCGCCACGCUCACCAAAUCGCCCUCCAGCACCACUUCCUGGCUGCCACACCCCACUACGUCACAACACGGAAGGGCGUGUCCACGCUGGCCAUCAUCCUUGGUACCUUUGCGGCCUGCUGGAUGCCAUUCACUGUCUACUCCCUAAUCGCUGACUACACCUACCCUCCGCUCUACACCUACGCCACGUUGGUGCCUGCCACCUACAACUCUGUCAUCAACCCGGUCAUUUACGCCUUCAGGAACCAGGAGAUCCAGAAGGCGCUGUGGCUGGUGUGCUGCGGCUGCGUGCCUGCCAGCGUGGCCCAGCGUGCACGGACCCCUAGUGACGUCUGACCAAGCAGACCCAGGUGGGAAGAGAGAGGCGCCCUGAGUCAGCUCUGCUCUGCACCGGAUGUGUCUGGUGUCAAAGAGAGCAGCAGCAGGGGAGGUCAGGGGCAGUGGCAGAGGGCUGUGGCCUCAGUCCUGGCUGUUAGUGGCAGGAGCAGUUUUCUUAGUUAUCCACAGCCCACCUGGAUGGAUGACGUUUUUUUCUUUGUUACACUCACCAUAGGGCAAAGUGUCUCACUGUCUUCCCCAGCAAAGGCGGCCACUGCAUCCCGCCCCCUCCCGUUCAACCCGUGCCACACCCUUUCUCUGCUCUGCAGAGAGCGCUGAGUGCAUCACAUGUUACAGGCAGCAGCUGUAUAUACAAUGUGCAUAUAGUUAACAGCACGGGAGCUUUGGUUGACACGUGCUUGUUUUUUUCUUCAAACAGGGAGGGAUUAUUAGUUUGCGCCGCUGUGCGCGCGUGCGUAAAAGCGCACGGCAGAUUAACUAAGCAGUGUGUGCAGUGAGGAGAAGAGAGCGGCUGCAGCUCAAUACGCAGGCAUUUCCACAUAAAGCCCGUCUGGAGCAGCAUCCCGGCGCUCUGCUGCUGCACUCUGAACGUGCGUCGAAAGCUAAACAGCCUCGGAGAGCUAAAAAUAGACCUCUCUGAUCCGCGCCCUGCGUCCUGCACAGACGCGGAGAAAGAAAUCAAGUCGUUUCUUUUUCUCCCCUCGCCUCUCUUUUUUUUUAUCUGUCCUCUUUUCUCUGUUGAUUGUGCGGGAGUGUGUUUUAGUUCAUCUCGUGUCUGGGAGGCUUAAGACAAAGCCCCAGGAGAACCCACCAUUAACCCCUCCUCCAUUUUUUAUUAUUAACGGAGGCACCAAACCCAAUAUAAACCUAUCGGAUUAUGUAACCACCUUAUAUCCCUCCUGUCUCACCUUUUGAAUGGAGAUUGCUCAUGACUUUUUGAAUGUCUGGAGAUUGUUACGUAAUUUUUAAUAAUAACUUAAUUGAGAAACCCCACAAAUUUGAACAACACCUUGAUUUAUAAGGUAAUUUUAAAAGGAUAACACAGAUAUUUAAUACAUUCACCUUAAAGGAUUUUAAAUCAACAUGCUUAUCAGAUCACCACAAACCUGUCAACGAAAUAGCAAAAUUAUAUGAUUUUUAUGUGGAAAUCUGCAAAAAUCUGAAUGUAUUUCCAUUUAUUUGACCCUCCUGGCUUCUACAGAGCCUCACACCAACCACAUGAUAUCUGAUCUGCAUGCUGGACUCGGGUGUAAUUUGCAUGCAGCAAGCACAGAUGCCCUUUUCCUCCUGAGUUCAGUGUGGUAGGUCACACUGGCCACUGCAGGCCAUGUGUCAUGGUACCCUGAUGUCAUCAUGACCCUAAUAAUUCUGUUUAUGUACACAGUGUACCUCACAUGUAUCAUUGAAUGAGCUACAAUCAUCACUUGAUGGUCACAAGAGUUGCACCCUUUUAUGAGAAAUGUGGAGUUUUUAAAAAUAUUUUUGCAGUAUAGUGCGGAUACGUUUGACGUUCAGAAGCUUUGAUCGUGAUUUGAGUUCAGCUAAGUGCAAUGGAAGCCCACAUCACAAUACCUACCAGCUGCUCUGAGUUAGUCGUCCAUUAUGUUUUGGUCCCAAGAUUAGUUUGCAAAUCCCGACAAGCAUGCACGCUAAUUCUUCGUCCCUUCAUAUCUUGUCAGCAAUAACUAGCCUACGAAUGGUAGUUAUUUUAUUUUUUAGAUGUGAAGCAAUACUCAGACAGCAAUAACAUCCACGUCCCGCCAUGACUUCUUCCUGCAGAGUGGGGUACCGUAAUGGCUGCUCAGGUGGGGAUGUGUUGUAGUGAAUGGGCUCAGUGAUGCUUUGGUGAUACAUCUUCUAACAGGUGAUAGGAUAAUCACUCCUGGGCUGGACAAAGUGGACGAGAUCAAACGACUCAUUCGUCACGGUGACACCACUGCCUCAUUCCUCCGCAAUGUUUUUUUCCUUCCGACCUAAAAUCGAAUCAUUCGUCACACAAGGAUGAAACUUCUGUCGUUGUUGCCUCUGCCUUUUGUGAGCAUAUGAACUGUCCUGAGUGUUGUAACCUCAAGUAUCCGUGUGUGAUCUGAGACUGUGUUUUUCGUGCAUACCGUAUGAGUUGCAUGGCCUCUGGGUGUGUGCAUGUGUGUGUCCUUGUGCGUGUGUGUGGGUGUCUGUGAUCCAGCAGCUCAGUAGACCAUAAUCUGUCUCCUUGUUGAGGUGGGGGGGUGAAAACAGGGCUGAGGAAUAUAACUUCCUGUUGACCCCCCUGACCUUUGAGGAUAAUGCUGCCAGUCUUCCUGUCAAUUCUGAGAGAAGUGGCCUCGUUACGUGUGUGUAGAGCUUUGUCGAAGAGAGAUGGGACUAGGACGUGGAAGCUCCAGUACUUCAAGCCAAAGUGAAAGGGACUCUGAAUGAACUGGGAUCCUAGUCCUGCUGUGUUCUCCGUCUCCUCUAUAUCACUAAUAUUCUACUUUAAAUCAAUCUAGUCUGGUCGAGGCAGGCGUCCGUUAAGUGACCUCUGAAUGAUUCUAUGAGCUAAAAAUGGUCACUUCCAAAUACAAAGAUAAUGCUUCCUCUUUCCUUCCUUGCCACCUCCCCUCGAACCUGAUAGAGGCCUUUGAGGAUGUUCAUCUUUCCGGCCUCAGAUUAAGCGAUUAAAAUAAACAGGGGAGUGAGUAAGGAAAGCAGAGGAGUAGCAUUUCUGUGCAUUGGAAUGUGAACUUGUGCACAGUGUCAGACUGAAUCCUGUCAUUAUUCGAUGAGCACCAACAGGUCAGGCUGGCACAUCACAAACCAUCACAAACUCUUAUUCCUUUACCUUUGGAGAAAAGUCUAUUUUGUUAUAUUCAUUCAAAAGUUCUAUUUUUUUCCACUUUAGUCUGGCCUGAAUUCUUUCUGAUGUUGUACGGUAUGACGUUGUAUGUAAAGCCUUUUUCUGAAUGUAGUAAUAAUCAACUUGUUUCACUGAUAUCACCUCCUCUCGACUCAUUUGUUUCUGUAAAUACAGCAUGCUGAAGAGGAGGGACUUUAUACCACCGUGCAUGGUGCUACCAAAGCCAGUCAAACCAUGUGGGAUGAAUUGGGUUGCACCAUUUUUCACGAAUGACAUUUCUCCACCUUGGCUGUUAGUGUGGUCUUCUGUUAGGUUUCAGUUUCCUCGCUUCAAUAUGCACCAGUUUGUAAUGGUUGGGUAAAGGAACAGUGUGUAAGAUUUAGGGGGAUUUAGUGGCAUGUAGUUGUGAGGACUACUGAUUGCAACCACUUUAAACUUCUCCCUGUUAGAUUACCUUCUGUUUCCAGCGUUCAGGAGGUUUGAACUAGGAGCCGAAUUAUCUGUAGAGGUCUCUUCCUCUCAAACACAAACUGACCAGGUGAUUUAAACUGGUAAAACCAUUGAAUAAAGCAGCUUCACGUUACAAACUGGUGUUUCUCCUAUGCUGUGUGGCAUGUUGGAGACUAGCUGCUAGUCCAGCAUCUGCUAAUGUGUGCUCACCUAUUUUCUCUGAUAACUCAAAAUCCAGACGUUCAGGAGGUUUUUACCAUGAGCCAGAUUAUCCGUAGAGAUCUCCCCCUCUCCAAAAUAAACAGACCAGGUGAUUUAAACCGGUAAAAACAUUGAAUAAAACGGUUUCAUG